AUGGCUCAGACACUACAGUCAGUCCGGAUGAACGCUGUCCGAACGUACAAGUCUACACAGAGGCAGACCGGUCUCAAUACUUUGCGCUGUCUGGUCACACUGUUGGCGACCUCUGCCCUAUGGAUUCUUCAACCCUGGUAUUCCGAUGUUGGGAUGGGAAUCAUCAUGGUCGUUUCCCAUGAGUAUGGUCUCGAUGAGGGCGAUGAAUAUGGCUAA